CGUGAAGCUGUACGAAAGAAUGGCGAAAUGCGGGAUGGCAAAGACGAUCGAGAAUCGCAAAGCUACAUAUGCCAAGGCGCGUUCCUGGAGUAAUUCUGAUUGGUCUGUGCCUAGCACUGAUGCAUUUUGAUUGGACCUCAAACGUCAUCGAUGACGUCGGUUGCUCCUCACAAUGGAAUGCAGGAUGUGCACCUGACCGUCACUUGUUUGCCCCUCGAGGGGUUUCACUGUGUAUAUAAGCUGAGAAGUAUCUCACUCUGCACUGGAUCUCUUUUUUCCAUAUCACUCAAAGCAAAACUCCAACUUCCAGAACAAACUUAUCACACUACCAAGUCAAAGACUUCAAACAACCAUUCAUAAUGGAUACCAUCAAGAACACCGUCAACUACGUCUCCGAGUCCAUCCAGGGCGCCGGCAGUACUGCCUCCAAGGAGGGCAACAAGAACGUCGCCAAAGACUCCAACGCCAGCCUCAGCACCCGUGCCCAAGCUGCCGGUGAUGCCAUCGGUGACAAGUUCGACGAGCAGGCCCACGACCGCAAGGCUGAUGUCCACCGUGAGGCCGCCAAGCACUAGAUGCAUCUAUGCAUGACUGCAUGAUGGGGUUUGAAAGAAUUCAGAACAGAAGCAUUAUGAUACCCAACAAACAAAACAACAUCAGGUUGGACGUCCCUAAGACAGGUAGAUAGUCCGAAUAAAUUUCAUUGAAAAGA